ACAAUACAGCUAUAGCUAUUCCAGUAUUCACAUAUCGGCUUAUUCCUCCUCUCACUAGUGCCUCCUCCUCCUCCUUUAAACAUACUCUUAUCUAAGGAUUACUGAGAGAGGGAAGAGCCCCAGUGCUCUCUCUUUCUGUGUCUCUAUCAAAAGAAAACGAGGAACACAACGGAUAGAUAGUCAACUAGUGGCAACACUACCGGCAUGAUGUCCAGCACUGAUAGUUUUGAUAUCAUAGAGCCUCAAGAUGUCGUCAAUCAUCGUCCCAAAUUAUCAUCCUCACCAUCACCACGAGUGAGAUCAGGAGCGAUAAGUUUUGUGUCUUCGGAGGGUCCCUGCUCUCAAUGUCAAGACAACCAGCUGGCACUGAUUGGAGCUCAGGAAACUAACGAGAGGUUACUAAGAGGUCUGAGCCGGAUCAUAUCUCAGCUUGAUCAAGCGCGCGAGUAUCUCAUAUCACUUGAAGAUGCUUGCCAUAAGAAGGAGAAGAUCCCCGAUCACAUCCACAUGCCAGUCGAAGACAUAUAUAUCAUUGAUCCCGAGACCAUCGCUGCCAAGAGGAAAGAGAACGUGGAGCUUGGUACCGUCGUUGAUCAGAUGUACCCUAGAGGUCUCGAUUAUUCGGACAUUGAGGAGCAAAUAUCAAAACUGGACAAAUGUCUAAAGGAGACGAGAGAGACCUGCAUCACCUCAGCUAAUGUUUGCUUUGAUGGUAAUCUGUUUGGAGGGAAGAAGGAAAGACCACUACUGAAGAGAAUGAACACGGUCCACUCUUCAUCUUUCAGCCAGUCGGCCGAUAAAGAUGAUUUCGAUUACAUGGGGAAGCACCUCGGGCCGCUACACCAGACCUUACUGUACAAGCUUCAUACCCAGCGGAGUGAGCGCCACUAUCAUGACGGGUCAUUGGCUGGACCUGGUCUGCGUAGGACCCACUCAGAGACCGAGCUAGACUCUGUGUUUUUGGCAUCACUCACGCUAGAGGGAAGCGGUCAUGAACAUAGCAUUGGAGGAGCAAAUACUAAGACUAAUACAAUACUCAGUACUAGCGGCAGAGGAGUACUCAGCUCUGCUACCAGCACUUGUAGCAUACAGCUGCCGUUUCGUAGUCAUUUAAUGUCAGUACUAGGCAGACAGGAGCCACGGGAGUCAGUCACAUCUCUUGCUGGAGGUGGGACACUGUUACGAAAAGUAUCUGCCGAUAUUGAAGACUCUAAUUUCGUACAACCUUUGGGAAAAGGAUUGACAGGUAAUGAAUCACAGCAGUUAUUAGAGAAGAUAUCAUUAAUGGAGCAAGAGAGACUAUCAUUUGUGACAAGGAUUGACGAGCUAAGUGAGCAGAACAAAGCACUAUGGCUGACUAUCAGCGAAAUGGGAAGUGAUCUUGAUCAUAAAAACUUUGAGCUCCAGUUGUUGAAAACCGACAUAAAACAAGCCACAACUGAGCUGAGGCUUGCCUCAGAGAUGAGAGAUGAGCUUAAAGACUUGAAAAGCGAACGCAACAAAUUGAGAGAGAAGUCGACCUCGCUGGAGGAUGAAGGCAGACUGGUGAAGGAGUCCCUGGUUCAAAGACUCACUGAAAUGGCAACAACUAAUAAAGUGCUAUCACUUGACAAUCAGAGGCUAAGAACAAAGAUUGUUCAGCUUCGAUCAGCAACUGCUCCUACACUGAGCAAUCAGAGCAGCAAGAAAGAUUUAACUUCAACUGAUUCGAUAGAUAUUGAUAUAGGGGUUGAGCCAGGAGGUGGUAAUGAUGGAUUACAUGUACAAGCACUAUUAGAACUGGAUGACAAUAAUAGAUAUGUACAUAAGCAAGGGUUCCUUGUCAAGCAAGGACAUAAAGUGAAAAAUUGGAGGAGGAGAAUGUUUGUAUUGGACACCCACACACUAGCAUACUACAAAACAGAACAGCCUUUAGGUAUACUACCAUUGGAGGACAUUACUAAAAUACAGAUAGCCCAAGGACAAACUGCUAAACCUAACAUGUUUGAAGUUCAUCGUCAAGAAGGCCCCAACAAGAAAGACGUCCGUGUCUAUUACCUCUCGGCUCCAACUCAAGAGGAGAUGCAAUCCUGGAUAGGCAUCAUUCAAACACUAAAAGACACUAAAGAGAAGACGUACAAGCCACGACAGGACCAACGACCAGUGAGUACCUUCGCCGGCAGUAGUCCUCCCAACCAGACAGCAGGAGCUGCACCCUCUCCUCCUACAUUAUCGUAUAAUCUUGUAAAGAAUCGAAGUGUGUCCACACUACAUGUGUCAACUCCUGGCUCAUUAGGGACUACAAUGCCAAGGACUGAUUCAUCUUGGGCCGAUUCUUCAAGACUACGCGUCACGAUAGCAGAGAGUGGCGGAGUGAGGAAUAGAAUGUUCACUGAGGCUGGGCAGUUGAGACAAGACUUUGCUACACUCCAUAUGAGUAUGGAUACUUCAGAUGAAGAGGAAAUGGAGAAAGACAUGAAAUCUCCAUUUCACGUAUCAUCAGAUGAAGAUGCAAUGAAAGCCGAGCGACUCCAACUCGUUACAUUACAAAAGCAAAAAUAAAAUUAAUUAUUAUUGUCAUCAUUAUUAUAAUAAUAUUAUUUAUUGUCAUCAUUAUUAUUAUUAUUAUUAUUAUUGAUUAUUGUGUUUCUAUGUGAUUAUAACAAUAUCAACCACUUGUA